ACAAUUUUGGUCGAGGAUAAUUUCUUUUAGACGGGUGCUCUAUCACAUGCGCUGUCAAAACAACAGUACGUGGUAUUUUCAAUUCAUAAAAGGAAGAAGUCUGGGUAUACUUCAACAUGUUAAACACAUCAAGUGAUGAACAUUUUCCCCGGUUUCGUUAAAAAUCAUCACAAAGAAGAUCAUGAAACUAUCAUUUUUGCGGCUUGCUAUGAAAACAGGAACUGGUGGUGAACUUGUAGUCUUUGGACCACUCCCCGCUGAUACGUUAACCACAGGAAGCAUGGACAAAACUGCAAGACCAUGUACUUCAUCACAGGAUACCAUUUAAUUGCACAUUUUUUGCUAUGGAACCCCAACUGUGGAAGGGCCAUUGAGUCUAAAGUGCGCAUAGUUUGAAAGACUUGCAUACCGUUGUUGUAAUUCAACAUGCUACAGUGUUGCUUACUGCGUUGGAAGUGGAGUACUAGAUUAUUUUGAGAACCACAUGCAACAUGGUUGAAAUUUUGUAACAUAAGUUGAGCAACAGCACAAAAUAAAUUCAAAGAGAAACUGAUGAUUGCCCACUAGUAUGUCACGAAAUGGCUCCUCGUCAGCGACAAGCCAGCAAGAAGCAGCUCCAGAGAGGCGGGGCUUCUAAAUUGUUCCGCCCACAAAAUGGGAGUGGCGCUCACCACACCCCUGAGAGCCACCUGAAGGAGCCUUUGGCCCCCCAGUCACCAUUUUCUGGAGUUCAAAUUUGUGUGUAUGGCGCCGUCUUUUCUCUGGCUUUGCUUUGUUACGCCAACACGCUCAGCCACGAUUUGGUCCACGAUGAUAUUUUUGCCAUUGAGGGCAACAGGGACGUACGUGGGGAGUCCCCUCUGCGGAAUCUACUGCUGGAUGACUUCUGGGGGAAGCCGAUGUGGGACAACACAAGCCAUAAGUCAUACAGGCCACUGUGUGUCAUCACAUUUAGAUUGAACCAUAUGCUCCAUGGCCUGCACCCCAUGGGAUACCAUCUUGUCAACAUCCUCCUCCAUGCCGUCGUCAGUGUUCUCUUCACCUAUGUCUGCCAGACGGUAGUGUUUACUGAGAUGAUGCCCACUGCAGUAGCUGGUGUCUUGUUUGCCACGCACCCAAUACACACUGAAGCGGUUGCUGGGGUAGUUGGCCGUGCUGACUUGAUGGCCUGCCUGUUCUUCUUACUGUCAUUUCUUGCCUUUCAAAGGAGUAUCAAACAGGGAAAAUCAGGCUUUGCAUUUACUGACAGACCAGGCAGUCUGGUACUCAGUCUCCUGCUUGUCGUGUGUGCACUGUUGAGCAAGGAGCAUGGUGCCACCGUACUAGGAGUGUUCAUGGUCUAUGAUGUCAUGAUGACAUCACGACCAGGGAUUUACAGGGUACUGAUAACAAGACGAUUUGGGAGGGGCUGCAUGCCACUGUUUAAACGGUGUGCAGUUAUUGUUGCAACUGUGUGUGUUGUGCUGUUCUUAAGGGUCUGGAUGCUGCAGGGUCACUUGCCUCACUUCUCAGAGCAGGAUAACCCUGCAUCGUUUGCUCCGCAUCUACUGACAAGGUUUUUGACCUACAGCUACCUGGUUUUCUUCAACGUCUGGUUGCUACUGUGCCCUUUGACCCUCUCCUAUGAUUGGCAGAUGAACAGCAUCCCAUUGGUGGAAUCAUUAUGGGAUGUGCGUAACCUGGCAACCAUAACUACAGUUAUCACCCUGGGGUUUCUGGCUGUGAGCUGUAUUGUCGUAAAAAAGGACCAGGAUCGACGCGUCUUAGUCCUUGGCCUGUCAUUUCUUGCCAUUCCAUUCCUCCCUGCCUCUAAUCUCUUCAUCAGGGUCGGCUUCGUGGUCGCUGAGAGAAUUCUUUACAUUCCAAGUAUGGGCUACUGCAUCCUGUGUGCCCAUGCUCUCAGUAAGCUGGGAGGGUUGAGCAGCAAACAUGGCAAGACUAUAAUGAUGAUUAUUGUCGCUGUGAUCACACUGUUGUAUAUUGGGAAAACCGUCACAAGGAACCAGGUCUGGAAGUCAAGGGAAUCCCUGUUUAGGUCUGGUUUAGAGACUUUACCGCACAAUGCUAAGAUGCAUUACAACUAUGCUAACUUCCUCAUGGACAGUGGACAGAAGCAAGAUGCAAUACACCACUACCAAACAUCCCUCAGAUUGUGGCCGGACCACGCGAGUGCCAACAACAACCUUGGUACACUGCUGAAGGACGACCCCCAGCAAGCUGAGGCUCACUACCGCCGGGCUAUACUCAUCAAUCCUGCCCAUGUGAGGGCGCACUUUAAUCUUGGCAGUCAUCUCAGCAAGCUCGGCCAAUUUGAAGAUGCCGAAUUACUCUUUCGCCGUGCAAUCCAACUGAACCCGGAGUUCGCCGAUGUCCACACCAACCUCGCCUCGCUGCUGGAAGGCAAAGGUCAACUCCUAGAAGCCGAGCAACUCUACCUGAACGCCAUCACAUUGGAACCCAAGAAUGGAGAUUACUGCAACAAUUAUGGAGCCUUCCUGACUAAUACAGGUCGGAACGAGGAUGCACGUAUACAGUAUGAGGAAUGCUUACAUCUUCAGCCCAAUCACACUGUAACCAUGGGCAACCAGGCACGUCUCUUGAGAAGGCUAGGCCAGACGAGUCAAGCUGAACAACUCUUCUUAAGGGCAUUAUCUCUAGAGCGUCGGGCUGGCUUGCUGGAAAGCCUAGGAGCUUUAUACUUCAACACUGAUCGUCCAGAGAAAGCCCACGAUGCGUACCGAGAAGCAGUGCAACUCAACCCUCAGAGUGCCGAGACAAGAACACACUAUGGUCAGGUUCUGGCGACAUUGGGGAAAGUGGAGCAAGCUGUCAAGGAGCUCCAGGUCGCUUUGGAAUUAGAUGCUGACUACCCGGAAGCCCAUCGUCAACUGGCAAGCAUCUAUGUACUAGCUGGGAAACACAGAGAGGGUUUGAAGCAUGCCACAGUUGCUCUCCAGUUGGAUCCAGACGCUGAUGAUGCCAGGAAGGCUGGACUGCUGUUUGAUAUCGGCAACUGCCUGAAAGAACUGGCCAGAGACCAGCAGGCUAUCCAGAGUUAUCGCGAGGCAGUGAAACUGAACCCCAACCUUAGCUCCGCCCACUUGAACCUGGGCGCCAUGCUACACCUCAAGGGAGACUACGCCCAGGCAAGGAGGCAUUACAACGAGGCAUUAAAGCUGGACCCAGAGAACCACACCCUGAAACAGAACAUAGCUAAACUCAACAGGGCUGUGGAGAGACUCAAGAAAAAAGGUAAAAGUCAACUAGAAAUAAAUUAAUCCCGAGGCAGUACAAAUAAAGCCAAUAAAGCUGACAGGCAAAUUUUGAGCUUUGACACUUUCUUCUGCUUGUAGUUUUUAGUGAAACUCCGUGGUCGACAAAUCCGGUAAUUGUCAUUAGUGAGACGGCUACAAGUGCGCAUGAUUCACAUGUUCUUAAUUUAAGUUGCCUGGUCAUUUCUAAUCCUAUUGGUCAAAGAAGCAUCGACUGCGCACGUAUCACCUGCGCACGAGUGACGUCAUUUCGGAAAUUGUUUCGAAUUUUGGCUGUCGGAUAAUUCUGUACGAGACAAAAACUUUUAGACUAAACUCAGAUUCUCAAGGGUUGGAAAGGUCAACUUUUGCAAAUUUACAGAGCAAAUGCUUGCCAUCAAUUCGCAUUCUCGUUUGCUUUUCUUGCUGUCGCAACACAUUUCUGACAUCUUGAACUAUUGGGGAAAUACCAGUCAAAAUUUGGCCCAUAUUUCUUUUACAUACACCUAUUUUCUCUUGAAAAAUUGGAGAGGACAAAGCGAUGAUCUUUUGGAAAGAAAUUUUAAAUUAUCAUUUUGUACUGAAAAUGUUUCUCUGAAAAUUUAUUUUGGAACUAUGUUGUACUUUUUAACAUACCUUUAUAUCGUUACAGUUGUUUUUAAUGCUAUUCCUCGAUAAUCGUCAAGGAAAGGUUUCUUAAUAAAACAUUGGACAGCUCAGUACUACAUCUGAAAUGUUUACAUAAAAUCUAAACAAUUUUUUUAAAAUUUAUUUAGCUUGCCAGCUGAUAUUUAUUUGCAGAACUCCAAAGAGUAUAUAUUUUAUAUCAGUGUAGCCAGUAGGCUGUAACAAUAAGUCUUAUUUUUCUUUUGUUAUAAAAUUCUUGCCAUGAUUGCAUUGAUUAUUGUAAUAUUAAAUCAAAUUUACAAAUAAUCAGCUAUUUACAUGUAUUUCAUUUUUUUUGUAACAAUAAUUUGUAACAUGCUGUUCAUUGUCAGUUGAGGCUAUCUCAGUUCUUUCUCCAAAGGCUUGCAUAUUUUGACAGACAUCAAGUUUAGCACAUGUUAGACGUAUUUGCAAAAAUAAAACCAAACAUUUUGUUGUAUUCUUAGAUUUGUUCUACUUACCAUACUUUCUUUUCUGUUAAUAAAAAGGCAGGACAAGGGUAAGAUUACCCUACACAUGCAUAUUAUGUAGAUGAAAUUGACAUGCAUUGAGCCACAGCAAAAUAUUGUUCGCAGUAAGGCCAAAUAAAAAAAA